AUUUUAUACUUAAAGUUUUAAGUUUCAUUAUGACAGCUCAAAAAAAUGUGAUCCCAGACAAAAAAGAACAAUGACACAACACGAAGACAAGCAUGCGUUUCCCAGCAGCUUGCGGGAUGUGGCCCAAGGAGUGGAGCGCCUGGUGCGGGACACCAACCAGGACCUGCGCAACUUCCGGCAGGAGCAGGCCAACAUGCGAGACCACGUCAACGACAUGCUGGAGGAGAACCGCCGGCUGAACAGCGAGUUGGCCAAGUACAGGAGCACCCUGGCCAGUGGCGAUUACCAGGAUCUCAAGCAGCGCCUUCAACUGACCAACAAUGCCUUGGACGCAGCCAAAAAGCAGGUGGAGGAGCUCCUAAAGGAGCGGAAGAGUCUGCAGGCCAUGCAGGACUUCUCCAAGCGGACCAUCGAGAACUUGGAGCUGGAGCUAAGGAACUAUCGCGUCCAGCUGGAACAGUCUGGGGAUGAUCAGAUUGUGCAGCGGUACUCGAAGGCCCUGAAAAUGCUGAAGGCGAAGGUGGGCGCCCAGCAGGAGGAGCUGCGUACGCAGGCGGAGACCAUUAAGGCGCUCCACGAGCACAAGCAGCGCGAUGGCGAGCAACUGCAGCAGCUGCAGGCCCAGUUGAGGGAUCUGGGCCAGGAUCACGGAAAGGUGUCCAGCCUGCAGAAGCAGCUGAAGGAGUACGAGAUCUCGCUGAGCCACACCCGCAAUUUGCUAAUGGAGAGCACGAGGCGGGAGAGCACGGCCAUGCAGAAGGUCGAGGAGGCCAUCACACUCAGCGAAGAGGCCACCAGGGAGAAAAUGGAGGCCAAGAAGCUGGCCGAGGCUUACAAGGAAGAGGUCACCCAGCUGGCCACCAAUAUUGGCACCAUCAUGGAGGAGGCUUCCUCGCGCGUGGACAGCGAAGUGGCGCAGCUGAAGAACAAGCUCAAGCAGAAGGACAAUUUGAUUACAUCCUUAAAGGAGAAGCUGAAAAAGCAGUCCGUCGAGCACAAGUUGGUGGUUCACCAGCUGGAGACACGAAACAAUCGCCUGGAACACAAGUACAAGGAGGUAAUAAAGCAGAACGACAAGCUGGAGGCCGAAGUGGAGGUCACCUGCCGACGACUCAGCGAGUUGGAGCGAUCCCUCAACGAAACGCAAUGCGAAGAGGCUGACAAUGGGAAGCUGAAAAGGCAAUACGAGGCUGAAAUGGAACACUUCCUGGUGACCCACAAGCAGAUGAAGUCCAGCUACCGCGCGGCGAUGGACGACAUCACGCAGCGCUUCGAAGCGGUCAUUUACAACCUGCGCAAGGAGAACUCCGAGCUGCUGGCGGACAACCAAUUGCUGAAGAGCGGCGCCGCUGGAGACGGCUCCAGGCAGCCUCAGUAGACCUGGUCGCUUAUUUUACAGUUGUACAAAGAUAUAUUUUAUGCUUACUAUUGUACAUAUUAAAUUAGUUUUAUGAGAUCACUA